UAUAUUAUUUAUUUACAGAAGAAGAAGAAGAUCAACAGUGUUGACGAGAGAGAGAUAAAAGGACAGAGAUUUCUGGGUUUUAACUACAGGAAAUGAAUAUUGCUGGAUUGAGAAGCGAUCGGAGAAAGUAGAAAUCGGGAGAAAAGGGAUAUUCGAAACCCUAAUUUGAGAAAAAGGUGUAAACUUUGAGGGCUUUGGAUCGAAUUUGAUAUCUGGGUUUGAAGUUUUGAUUGUUGGGGGUUAAUGGGUUUUUUGAAGAAGUUAACGGGGAUACUUGGGUUUGGGCAUAACGAUGGUGGUCAUGGAGCUGUAAGAGAUGAAGAUGGUGAUGGUGGAGAUAACAGUGGGAAAGUUUCCGGUGAAGGAGAUAAACGCCGGGAAGAUAAUCAGCCGAGGUUUCGUGAAACUGGACUUCCAAGGAGAGGUUUUGGUGUGCCGGUUCAAGUUGCUGUUGAACGGUCUAAUCCUGGUCCUAUUCUUCAGCCUUGUGCUGCUUCAGAUGGUGGUGUUCAGGGAUUACGUUGGUACUCAAUGCGGCUUAGGAUUGAUGAAGACGGAGAUGUGGCAGAUGAGUUCUUGGAAGAUCAAAACUGCAAGACUUUGCCAAGGAAAUGCAAAACGAAAGCUGCAAAAGUGAGAGGUUUAGUAAUAUCUUCUGAUGGGAAACUUCAACCCUUGAUGCAUUGAACAAUGAACACCAAGGAGAAAGAUUUGCUGAACAGUGUGAUUGAAUCAGAGAAAAUUUAGAACUUGUGUUUCAUUAAUAUCCACAGAUCAACUGAUUAGAUUCUUGAUUUGAUUCUUGAGAUGGUAAAAUGUUAUUUAACUGUGAAUUUAGUUCUUUAAAUUAGACAGUGACUUUAAAACGUA